AUGUUUAUAUCUACGAGAUUGGUUUCGUUGGAGAAAGCUACCAGUGUCCGCGAGACUGCAAGGAGUGGCUGCAUUCGCCCUGUUGAAGAAGGCGCUGGCAUUGUUUUGGACAACUCUGCGGAGGUCGAAGUGGGAGUCGCUGAGGAUGAAUUCUCGUCCAUGUACGUCAGCACUGGCUCGUCCUGCCACCUCAUUGAUGAAGAAAUAUCAGACGACUGCGAUGCGGACUCUCGUGACUGGGCCAGUCUAGAUGGACGGAGGGUCCCGUCUUUACUGGAUUCUCAAGCGAUACAAGUAGACGGCUAUGAUUCAGAGACGCCACCAUUUAGUCCGCGCAGCGUGACCUCGAGUUCUUCAGGCGAGUCACUGUCGGUAUUCAACAGUGAUACCGUGGUAAGCAGAUGCACCGCCUAUGGAGAAGGUGUGUCUGCCGACGAGGACGACUCCCAUAUUUGUCCCCGGCAAUGUCUCAAACCGGACAAUAUGGAAGAUUGGAGCAUUGAUGGGCACGGUUACCUGCGACCGAAUGCAAUCUUGAGAGGCUGUACGGUUACUUUGGUUGAGAGAGCUGAGCCACUGAGGCGAUGA